GUCGCCCGUGUCUCCGCUGCUGGAGCUGAGGAAACGAGCCAGGGAAAGAAAGCUCCGCCGCUGAAGUUCGGACAUUGUCCCAUGGACACCGCCGGUAACGGGAGCCAAUCCGAGAGGAACGAGCAACAUGAGCUGGAGUUUUUUGACUCGUCUUUUAGAAGAAAUUCAUAAUCACUCGACGUUUGUUGGAAAAAUUUGGCUGACUGUCCUUAUAGUGUUCCGCAUUGUUUUGACUGUGGUGGGAGGAGAAUCAAUUUACUAUGAUGAACAGUCUAAGUUUCAGUGUAACACUGAACAGCCAGGUUGUGAGAAUGUUUGCUAUGAUGCCUUUGCCCCCCUUUCUCAUGUUCGGUUCUGGGUGUUUCAGAUUAUCUUGGUGGCCACUCCACCUCUCUUGUACUUGGGCUAUGCUAUUCACAAAAUUGCAAAGAUGGAGGAGCGUAACCAGUAUGACAGGAAGGCAAGGGUUAGAGCUUUGUCCUUACGCUGGAAGCAGAAUCGCGCUCUGGAAGAGGUGGAAGAUGACAAUGAAGAGGACCCCAUGAUGUAUCCAGAGACUGAACUGGACAGUGACAGAGGGAAAUUGAGCCACAAUAAGAUGAAACACGAUGGACGAAGGAGAAUAAAAGCAGAUGGACUGUUAAGAAUUUAUGUACUUCAGUUGUUGUUUAGGACUGUUUUUGAGGUUGGCUUCUUGGCUGGACAGUAUUUCUUGUAUGGGUUUGAAGUGAUGUCAAAAUAUGAAUGCCACAGGAAACCCUGUCCACAUACUGUGGACUGCUUCAUUUCCCGGCCCACUGAGAAGACCAUCUUCUUGUUAAUCAUGUAUGGGGUAAGCUGUCUGUGCCUGCUCCUGAAUGUUUGGGAGAUGCUCCAUCUUGGGUUUGGAACAAUACGUGAUGCACUUAAUAACAGGAGUAAACAAGUGGAUGAUUCCUCUUCAUAUAAUUAUCCGUUCUCAUGGAACACUCCUUCAGCUCCUCCUGGAUAUAACAUAGCUGUGAAACCAGAACAGAUCCAUUAUACAGAACUUACAAAUGCCAAAAUAGCUUAUAAACAGAACAGGGCCAAUAUUGCUCAGGAACAGCAGUACGGGAACAGUGAGGACAAUAUUCCUACUGAACUAGAACACCUUCAACGGGAAGUCCGUGUCGCCAAGGAACGUCUGGAGACUGCCAUUCAAGCUUACAGUAGCCAUAACAAUCCGCCUUCCACCAAAGAGAAGAGGUCCAAGAAAAGCUCAAGUAAAAGCAGUGUCAGCAGCCGGUCUGGAGAUGGAAAGACUUCUGUGUGGAUUUAAUAAUGCACCAGCAGAAAGCUGUGACUUAUUGCCUCCGGGAGGAACAGACAGCAGAGUGAUAACUUCUUUUCUUCUAAAUAUUUGUUCCAUUGGAGAAAUACAGACAUCUAUGCCUUGGACAUGAUGGGGGG